AGAGAGGAGGGGAAAGAAAUAAGGGGGUGAAAAAAAAAAUAAAAAUCCUAGUGAGGUCAUUUCAAUGAGAGCGCAGGAGGCGAUCAGACAAGGUCGACUUUUCCGGAGGAGGCGCAGCCCCUGAGGAGCGCGGCGCUGCACCGCCCGCCAGCGGCGCCUCUCCCCGCCGCCGGGCCAGCACCUUGGAGAGCUCCGCGGCGGGGCCGCGCUCGCUGCCGGCCCCUGGGCAGCGCCCGCGGAUGCGCCGCUGCGCCCCGGCGGCCCGCGGAGGGGGAAAAGUUUGCGGACGACUUAGGGCCGCGGAGGAGAAGGAGGAUGCGCUGUUUCCCCGGCUGAUCGGGAAGGAAGGAUGACCGAGGGAGGAUGUGCACCAGCAGCCAGAUCAUCGGGAGCCUCCUGGUGCUCUCCGUGCUGGAGAUAGGGUUAGGGGUGUCCAGCGUGGCCGUGGGGGCGGUCAGUUUCAGCCUGGUCCUCACAGAGCAUAAACCUCAGCUGGGAGACUCUUCUCCGGUAUGGAGCGGGGUGUGUUUUCUACUUUGUGGCAUAUGUGGAAUAUUGUGCGCCAAAAAAAAAUCUGGACUUGUUAUGAUACUUUUUUCUGCCUGUUGCAUCUGUGGACUAAUCGGAGGAAUCCUAAAUUUUCAAUUUCUUCGUGCUCUGACAAAGAAGUCGUCUGCUCUCUAUUCUUUGCAUCUUGCCUCCAUGUCUCUUGCAUGCAUUGGAAUUGGUGGUUGCACCCUUUCUUCAUGGCUCACUUGUCGGCUAGCCAGCUAUGAACAAAGGAGAAUGUUCUCAGAAAGAGAACAUUCAUUGCAUCACUCCCAUGAAAUGGCAGAAAAAAGAUUGAGGGGUAUUGAAAUAACCGACCUGCCCAGCUGCCCGGUGGUUCCCCCGACACCAGAGUUACCUCCAAGGAAAUGACAGACAACCUAAGCAAUGGAGGCCCACAUCUGAUUUAUAAUGGAAGUGUAUAUUAAGAGAUUUUUAAAAGCUCCAUGGAAGGAAGUGGUUUUAGACUUUUCUUCAGGAAAAAAAAAGACUCCAAGAAAUUGAGAAAAUGGAACUGUCUUAGCUUUUAUGGCUCAAAUGUCUCAACUGCAGAACAGCACAGUUGCAUUUCCCUUUUAGAUACAUGUCCAAAAUUUAUCUCCAAAACAUUUUACGGAUAUACAAUAUUAAUUAAUUUCCUGGCUACUCUUUUUAGGUUUUUUUGGUCUGAGUAACUUUUCAGAAUUGUGAUAGUAUUUGAAAUAGACUUCUCACGACUCUUCUUCUCAUGAAGACUCAAAACCCAGGAAAAAAUAAUUAAACCGGAUUACAUUUAGCCCAGUCACAGGAUUCCUAAAGAGAAGAGGGCAAAGGAAGAAUGGUUCAGGGGAAUCUUUCUCUUCCCCACUUAGCAGCAUCUGGUGUAACAUGACAACUCCAGAUCAUGUGGCACAGUACCAGCAAUGCAUCUGCACAGUCCCUCUCCCUACAUUGCAAAUGCAUCCAGCCUCAGUUUUCCUAGUAGAUUGUAUUAAAAGAGAAUGCACAUUACUCUUCCAAAAGGCUCCCAUUUCACACUCGGUGUGUAAAUGAACAGUGUGCUGAAAACAACAUCGUCUUUGUUUUGAAAGACAGAAUGCUCUAAGAACACCAUAAAUCAAAACCUCAACAAUGCCUUGUUGUAAAGAAACUGUAAAUAUUUCCAAUUUGUGAAUGAAGUAUAUUUCGUAAUUUGUUCAUAAAAGAUAACAAAUAAAAUGAAGUCUAACACAGAGAUUACAGAGAGAUUUUUUGGGGUUUUUUCUUGUAAGAAAGACCUAGCAAAGCUGAACUGCCAUGCAUGCAGAAGACUGAAGAGUCAAGGUCAGAAUGUGCUGACAGUUCUGCACACUCACAAUGGAGUUUGGGGUUUGUUAAAGCUGUGUUUAUAUUAAAACAGCAGCUUUAACUGACCCCAAACUUUAUUGCAGGACCAACUGGCUCAUGUAACCAUGAAUAAAAGGAAGAAGUAAUUUGUAACAGUACGUAUACAGCAUAAUAUUCAUAUAAAAUAUUCAUAAAAUAUCACAUAUAUUACAUAGUGGGUCUAUGUGCUGUAAAGCUCAGAUCUUCAAUGUGAAUUUGAGAUAUGAGCAUUCUUGAUGACUGGCAACAUUUGGCCAUUUAUACCCCCGUGAAUAGAAUUUUAUUAUUAUACAAACCAUGCCAUAAAAACCUCUAGAAAUUACAAUUUUGGUGACACCAUACAGCAAAAUACAAACUUAAAUUCAAUUAACUUAGGAUUUUUUAAGUUUGCAUGGGAACUUCCCAUCUAAUUACAACAUAGAAAACAUCUUCACUGUGAUUUAAGGUCAUGCUUAAAUUUUAUGCAAAUAAGCUUGUGAGUCAAAAACCAGUCCAUCUCAUAAGGCUUCUCUUCAUUUAUCUACUGUCUCAAAGGGCUUUUCUCUAAGUCCCUGAUAUGCUAAUAUGUUACAUGUAUUAGUAAUUGCUAAUGAGACUGUUGCAAGUUCAUUAAAAAUACAGAUACUGUCAUAGCAAAAGAAUUAGAUGUUAAAGGUAUUUUUGC